AUGGUGGAUAUUGUGGAACAUCCUCACAUGUUCUCCAGAAACCUCACCUAUGUGAAGGCAGCAACAGUCAAGCUGGCAGCCAAGUAUGACAGCUGGGACAAUGAGAAUGACUACAGCUUUCGCACUCACCUAUUGGACUGCAUUGACCCGGAGCUACAUGAAGCAGUGUCUGGAAUCCAGGACAUCGGUGAUCACAGUCUGGUUACCUGGAUCAAACUCGUUCAACAAUGGUCCAUUCUGACUGCUGAAAAAUCCCACAAAAUCAUCAGUGAAGUCAAUGCAUUCACUCUGCAGCAGUGUCCAGCAUUGGACAUGUCAUUGGGAAUUCAACAGCUUCGCCCAAGAAUCCAAGCCCUUUGUGAUACACGGGACUAUGACCCAAAGCUUCUCUACACCUUUCUUGAGAGUUUGCAUGGUGCCUAUCCAGUUGACAACAAACAUCAUCUUGAAUGGUGA